AUGGCGGAAUUCGUGCGUGCCCAGAUCUUCGGCACAACCUUCGAAAUUACAAGCAGGUACACAGACCUGCAGCCUGUGGGAAUGGGCGCUUUUGGUCUUGUCUGCUCUGCGAGGGAUCAAUUGACAGGACAGCCAGUCGCCGUCAAGAAGAUUAUGAAGCCGUUUAGCACACCAGUUCUGUCCAAGAGAACGUACCGCGAGUUGAAACUGUUGAAGCAUCUACGACACGAAAAUAUAAUCAGUCUCAGUGAUAUCUUCAUUUCUCCGCUCGAAGAUAUCUAUUUCGUCACGGAACUCCUGGGAACCGACCUCCAUAGACUCCUCACUUCCCGACCUCUGGAAAAGCAGUUCAUUCAGUAUUUCCUCUACCAGAUUUUGCGAGGACUAAAAUAUGUCCACUCGGCCGGUGUCGUUCAUCGCGAUCUUAAGCCGAGCAACAUCCUCAUCAACGAGAACUGUGAUUUGAAAAUCUGCGACUUUGGCCUUGCCCGUAUUCAAGACCCCCAAAUGACAGGCUAUGUCUCGACCCGGUAUUAUCGCGCUCCCGAGAUCAUGCUCACAUGGCAAAAAUACGAUGUGGAAGUCGAUAUCUGGAGUGCAGCCUGCAUCUUUGCGGAGAUGCUGGAGGGAAAGCCACUGUUCCCAGGAAAGGAUCAUGUCAACCAAUUCUCGAUUAUUACAGAACUUUUGGGCACCCCGCCGGACGACGUUAUUCAGACCAUCUGCAGUGAGAACACUUUGCGAUUUGUUAAGUCACUGCCGAAACGCGAACGGCAACCUUUGGCUAGCAAGUUCAAGAAUGCCGACCCCGACGCUGUUGAUCUUCUCGAGAGAAUGCUAGUUUUCGACCCCAAGAAGCGGAUCCGUGCCGGCGAAGCGCUUGCACAUGAAUAUCUCGCCCCCUACCACGACCCCACCGACGAACCCGUGGCGGAAGAGAAGUUCGAUUGGUCCUUUAAUGACGCCGACCUGCCGGUGGAUACUUGGAAGAUCAUGAUAUUCUUGACUUCCACAACAUUGAUCAAGCCAACGAUGCUGGCCAAGUGCUUGUCGAAGGAGCAGUCGCAGAUGGACAACAGGCCUUCGCAUGAAAAGGUUCCACAAUAUAAUGCCAUGGACAAGGCGCAGGCAGCGAUGCGAUAUGAUUAUGACGUCGUCAAUUCCUUCGAUUUCUCUUGGUAUGUAGACUGGAAGCGGGGACUGUGA